CACAUAACCAGCCUUUUCCCACGCACAGUCCUCGUUUCCUGUCCUCCUUCCCUCGCGCGCACACCGCCCACCUGGAUUGUGUCCGCGCUCCUCCGUCCGAGCCGAGCCGAGCCGCCACCGGGGAGGAAAGGGACCGGGCUGCACCGCUGUGCCGCACGGUGCUGCGCGCCAUGCGUCUGUUUCUGCUGGCCGUGCUCCUCUCGUGCUCCUGCGCGCGGGCCGGCUGCGAGCCCAAGAUCGUCAACAUCGGGGCCGUCCUGAGCCAGAAGAGGUACGAGCAGGUCUUCAAGGACGCCGUGAACCAGGCCAACCUGGUCUACGGCCGGGACAAGUUCAAGCUGACCGCCAUCUCGGUGACGCACAAGCCCAACGCCAUCCAGAUGGCUCUGUCGGUGUGCGAGGACCUGAUCUCCAGCCAGGUCUAUGCCAUCCUGGUGAGUCACCCUCCUCAGUCCAGCGACCACCUCACUCCCACGCCGGUCUCCUACACCGCAGGCUUCUACCGCAUCCCCGUGGUCGGCCUCACCACCCGCAUGUCCAUCUACUCUGACAAGAGUAUCCACCUGUCCUUUCUGCGGACCGUCCCCCCCUACUCCCACCAGGCGCACGUUUGGUUCGACCUGAUGCGCGAGUUCAACUGGAACCACAUCAUCCUGAUCGUGAGCGACGACCACGAGGGCCGGGCCGCUCAGAAGAGGCUCGAGACCCUCCUGGAGGAAAGGGAAACCAAGAAUAAAAAAAGGAACUAUGAAAACCUCGACCAACUGUCCUUUGACAACAAGCGAGGACCUAAGGCAGAGAAAGUCCUACAGUUCAGUCAGGAGACUAACCUAACCGCCCUGCUGCUGGAGGCCAAGGAGCUGGAGGCCCGCGUCAUCAUCCUGUCCGCCAGCGAGGAGGACGCCGCCGCCGUGUACAAGGCCGCCCGCUUCCUGAACAUGACGGGCUCGGGCUACGUGUGGCUGGUGGGCGAGCGGGAGAUGUCGGGUAAAGCCCUGAGUGAGGCGCCGGACGGUCUGAUCGCCCUCCAGCUCAUCAACGGGAAGAACGAGUCGGCUCACAUCAACGACGCCGUGGCCGUGGUGGCCCAGUCCAUCCAGGAGCUGUUCGAGAAGGAGAACAUCACCGAACCUCCGAGGGGCUGCGUGGGCAACACCAACAUCUGGAAAACCGGACCCCUCUUUAAACGGGUGCUGAUGUCGUCUAAAUACCCAGAAGGCCUCACGGGACGAGUUGAGUUCAACGAUGACGGAGACAGGAAGUACGCACACUACAGCAUCCUUAACUACCAGAAGUCUCGCCUUGUUCAAGUCGGCAUUUACAACGGAACUCAGGUGGUGAUGAACAAUCAGCGCAAGAUCAUCUGGCCCGGAGGGGAGACCGAGAAACCGCAGGGCUUCCAGAUGUCCACUCGAUUAAAGAUUGUGACCAUCCACCAGGAGCCAUUUGUCUACGUGAAACCCACUCAGCAGGAUGGGACAUGCAAGGAGGAAAUUACAUUAAACGGAGUCCUGAUUAAAAAGGUCAUCUGCACGGGCCCCAAUGAGACUAUUCCAGGACGCCCGACCGUGCCCCAGUGUUGCUACGGUUUCUGCAUCGACCUCCUGAUCAAGUUGGCCAUGACCAUGAACUUUACCUACGAGGUGCAUCUGGUGGCUGAUGGGAAGUUUGGAACUCAAGAACGGGUGAACAACAGCAACAAGAAAGAGUGGAACGGCAUGAUGGGCGAGCUGCUGGGAGGCCUGGCUGACAUGAUUGUUGCCCCGCUGACUAUAAACAACGAACGGGCCCAAUACAUCGAGUUCUCCAAACCCUUUAAAUAUCAAGGACUCACUAUUCUUGUCAAAAAGGAAAUCCCUCGAAGUACGCUGGACUCAUUUAUGCAACCGUUCCAAAGCACAUUGUGGCUGUUGGUGGGUCUUUCGGUGCAUGUGGUGGCGGUGAUGCUUUACCUUCUAGACCGGUUCAGUCCAUUUGGGAGAUUUAAAGUAAACAGUGAAGAGGAAGAAGAAGAUGCCCUCACCUUGUCGUCUGCUAUGUGGUUCUCCUGGGGGGUGUUGCUGAACUCUGGAAUAGGAGAAGGUGCACCACGCAGCUUCUCAGCGAGAAUCCUGGGCAUGGUGUGGGCUGGUUUUGCUAUGAUCAUUGUGGCUUCCUAUACUGCCAACCUGGCUGCCUUCUUGGUGUUGGACCGGCCUGAGGAGCGCAUCACCGGCAUCAACGACCCAAGGUUGAGAAACCCAUCUGACAAAUUCAUCUACGCCACGGUAAAGCAAAGCUCCGUGGACAUCUACUUCCGGCGACAGGUGGAGCUUAGUACUAUGUAUCGCCACAUGGAGAAGCACAACUAUGAGAGUGCCGCCGAGGCUAUCCAGGCCGUGCGUGACAACAAGCUGCAUGCUUUCAUCUGGGACUCUGCGGUGCUGGAGUUUGAAGCCUCGCAGAAGUGCGACCUGGUGACCACGGGAGAGCUGUUUUUCCGUUCGGGCUUUGGCAUAGGCAUGCGCAAGGACAGCCCCUGGAAACAGAAUGUGUCCCUGGCCAUUCUCAGUUCUCAUGAGAAUGGCUUCAUGGAAGACCUAGAUAAAACCUGGGUGAGAUACCAGGAGUGUGACUCACGGAGCAAUGCCCCAGCCACACUCACCUUUGAAAACAUGGCAGGGGUCUUCAUGCUGGUGGCUGGUGGCAUCGCAGCAGGAAUCUUCCUCAUCUUUAUCGAAAUCGCUUAUAAGCGCCAUAAAGACGCCCGCAGGAAGCAGAUGCAGCUGGCCUUUGCGGCCGUCAACGUUUGGAGGAAGAACUUGCAGGAUAGGAAAAGUGGUAGAGCAGAGCCCGACCCCAAACAGAAAGCCUCUUUUAGGUCCAUCAGUGCCACCCUGGCCUCCAGCAUCAAGAGACGUAGGUCCUCCAAAGACACGCAGUUCCCACCGACUGACGCCACGGGCCAACUCAACCUGUCUGACCCGUCCGUCAGCACCGUGGUGUAAACGCAACGCCGAAGAAACAAAAGGAACAGGACCGCGCGCUGCGAGGAGAGAGGAAACGAGAUGGCGCGUGAGGAAAAGAAGCGGAGGGCGACGACUCCACGGUUCCAAGUCGACGCCUCGGGGGGUUGAAGGAAAACCGUUUCGUGAAGAAGUGAACUCUGAACUUUGCACCUUUUUUAAAAAAAAAAAAAGAUCUGAUCAUAGAUGUUUGUAGGAUCGCUGAGCAUGCACAGGAAUUUAAAAAAUACUCGCCUCACAUAAACAAUCUUUUCCUUCUAUAUAUUAUCAGCUUAACUUGCUUGUUUAGUCCUUUUACUCACGUAACCCGAACCUUUGAUGUUUUUACAACUAGAGCUAGUUCGCCUCAUUUUGAAACGGUUAAUUUGUUCGAUGCCAAUAUUCUACCUGACAUAUCACUUUAAAUUAGGGCCUAAAUACUGCAGAAGUAGAACACGUAGUGCAAUACGAGAAGUACUGUAAGCUUCAAUGGAGAUGAAUUAUUUUUAUUAGGAACUGUGUUUUUAUCGACACUUUAAACGUUUUUAGAAUAAAAAUUCUUUAUUGGGACGCUCUAUGAUGGCACUAAAAUUAAGGUUUGCCUUGUCUACAUGAUAAAAGCAUGUGUGCUUGUAAAAAAAACAGCUUUACGUAUUUGAACGUCUUUUUUUUUUAGGCUUUAUAGGAGAUUCUGUAAAUGUUGACAUUCUAUAUACUCCCCGUUAUUUUGCACUAUUUAUAAAAAGAAGUAAGAAGAUAUAUUGAAAAUCAGCAUUUUGUUGCUUUAGUUCAACGAUUGAGGCCUUUUGGGGGGCGCCCUGACGAUCCUCGUUCCUGCAGCAGCAGUCUUUCUCAUUUCCAGCGUUGGAAGGGGUUGCAUCAAAGGGCCAGGUUUUUCCAUCCAACCAGCGCUCGGGUCUUUCGUGCAAAAAAAACCCGUUCCGGGAGCUUUUGCACGGAGAACCCAGAGUGAGUUGAAAACCGCGUGCAGGUCCCCGGUUGGUUGCAAAAACGGGCCGUUUCCCAUUUUCCGGAGAUGAGAAACCACCGCUGUUUCCGAGCUCGUGUCCUCUCCGGAGUCGUGGCACUGCACUGCACUUUACGCCGAAAGGUCUCCCAAAAGAACAAUUAAAAAAACGUAGGCUGAUUCACUUGGAACUACCCAACGACUGCACUCGGAUUUGCCAAUUAUCUCCUGACUCUGCGUUUUGGCUGUUUUCCCGUCACCCUGCUCAUACUCGUGCAUGCGUACGUGUCCCAACCAGCGCUUUGGUUUCUUUGUACGGCCGUGUGAAACACUUAAACUGAACGAAAUGUAAAUAAGUUCUGGCUUUGUGAAGACGAGCAGGUUUUUCUGCGCCUGCACCGAGAAUGUUACGAUAACACGGGCAUGCACGACACACGAACAUGCACACACAUGCACUCGAGGAGACGCUUGUUUCUUACAUUUUUCCAGUAAAGAGCUUGCAUUGAAUCAUCCUGUUUAUACGGCUGUAAAUAAAAUAUAUUGACAAGUCCAA